AGGGGCAGCAGGUGGUGGUGUGUGCGGUGUGCCUGCUGGCUGUCUCUCCCCAUCAUUUCCACGAUUGACGAUUCCUCUCUCUCUCUUUCUUUCUCUCUCUCUGCCCCCACCCAGCCACCCUUCCCUUCCCUCCCUGCCGCCGUCUUUAUCCGCCCCCGUUUUCUAGAGUGGUCAGACUGGUCCGAGAGAACCCUCCGUUCAUCCAUAGCGCCCGACUUCCUUCCUUCCUUCCCUGCCUCCGAUUGCUCUGCUCCCUCUCGCGGCCUCCGACGACCCAUCCUUGGUUCGGUGAGCCGGAGCGAAGGUGUUCUUGCGCUGCGGAGGAGGGUUUACCCCCCUCUGCUUCUGCUUGACCGGCAAGAGCAAGGAGGUUCUUUUCUUGCUCUGCGUGCAGCACGAUUCCUCCCAGCAGGUGCAGCAGGGACUCCCAACCAGGUUAAGACCAUUGGGAUUAAGAUGGACAGUUACUCAUCGUGGAUGGAGAACACGGCUUCAUCUCAGCGUAAUUCCUGCCCAAAGGUUCACAGUUCAUUAUGCAGUGAGCUGACAAUAAUGUUGGAUAAAGUCUCCUCUAUUCUUCCAUCAAUUGAGGCAGCACGGCCAGGAUGUAAAGCGGGUAUACAGGAAUUGUGCAAUCUGUACAAUAUAGUUGGAAAAGGAAAACUCAUAACUCAACACUGCGUAGAAUGUAGUAAGCUCUACUUGGCUAUCACCGGAGAGGCAAUUUUAGUGCGGUGUGAGAGGGUCAGAGACUCGCUUAAGCGGAGCUUGUUCCUGAUACAAAAUAUGGUCCCAACAGUAUUAGCUAAUCAGAUUGCUGAGGUCCAUAUUGAUCUGGGAGAUGUAAAAUUUGUUAUUGAUCCACUGGAAGAAGAGGCUGGCAAAAUCAUUUUAGAGAUGCUUCGACAGUCUGAUGCAACUGAAGAACUUGAGCUUGAGACAUUCAUGCAGGCAGCUUCAAAGUUAAACCUUACAUCUCCUAAAGCUAUCUUAAUUGAAAGAAGAGCAAUCAAGAAACUGCUCAAUAAGAUUAGUGGUACUGAUCCAAAAAAGGAGGGGGUUCUUAAGUUUUUUCUGUAUCUUGUUAACAAGUAUGGAAAGAACAUCAAAUCUGACACUGGCGAGCGGAAUGAAAAAAUGCAACCUGAAAACAAAUCUUGGAAUCCAAGCUUAAGUCUUGCUAACGAUGCUAGUACUCCUGGAAAAUGCUGUACACCAACAGACUUUCAGACAUAUGAAUACCGGAAUAGUAUGUCUGGAGAAGCCACACCACCUACAGAGCUUUGCUGCCCAAUAUCAACAAAGCUAAUGCAUGAUCCUGUGAUAAUAACAUCUGGACAGACUUAUGAAAGAGAGUAUAUUGAGAAAUGGUUCAGUCAGGGACACGAUACCUGUCCCAGGACGCGGAUAAAGCUAGAGAACUUCGCGAUGAUUCCAAAUACCUGCAUGAGGGAUCUCAUCUGCAAUUGGUGCCAAGAACAUGGUUUCUCAAUCUCAGAUUUUCUUCCAAGCAAAAAUGCCUACAGUUAUUUGCCAGAGCAAUUACAUGGGCACUCUAUGUCAAGUUUGUGCAAUGUUUCAGUUCCUUUAAUUGAUGGGAAUGCUAGGAAUUUUGUGUUUGAUCACACUAAUUCAUCUGCCUUGUCUGAUGCCAGUUAUGUUUCAGACUCCUCCCAUGUGAAGGACAUGGAGGAGCCAAAGGAUAGUUUUUCUCAGUUCUCUUGGAGUACAGACUACCAGAAGUAUAUGUCAUUCCACAACUUCAACCAGGGCAUGUUCUUGAGAUUCUUUUGCGAACUGUCCCAGCUCCCAUUAGAAAUACAAGGCAGCUCCAUUAAAGAUCUAAAAAACAUUCUUGAUGAUGAAAAUGAGGUUUCAUGUGCUAUGAUCUCCAAUGGAUUUGUUGAGGCAUUCCUCGAAUUCUUGAGAAAUGAUAGCGGCAGCUACAGUAUGCAAGCUCAAAAGGAUGUAUUUCUGUUUUUUCUAGCUUUCCUUUCCAGUAGCAGGACUAAGAUACCAUCCAUGAAUGAAGAAGUAUUCCAGCUGAUCACAUCCUUUCUUGAUUCUGAGUUAAAAAAUGAAGCUUUGCUGGUACUCUAUGAACUGGUUCAACACCUGAGUCAUCAACAAUCCCAUCUUAUGGCCUCCAUUGUUAUUCCUCCAAUUUUCAAAAUUUUGGAAUCUGAAGAGAUCGAGGGCCUUGAACUUCCGUUGAAGAUUAUCUGUGACCUUUCAUCUGAUGCUGAUAUACAAGCACACCUGAUUUCCCUUGGAAUAUUCUCAAAGCUGUCUCCCAUCUUGACUGAAGGAAGCUUCAUCGAGUGCUGUUUGAAGAUUUUGUGGAACUUCUGCGAUGCGGAAGAAGCCAGGGUGCUUAUUACCAGAACGGAUCGAUGUCUUGGUUGCAUUGCAGAGUAUCUGGACACAGGGAGCCCCAAAGAACGAGAACUCGCAGUGAUAAUCCUCUUAGCAAUAUGUUCCCAUAGUACAGAGGAUUGUUCACUUGUUAUGAAGGAGGGUGUGAUCCCUGGCCUUGUGGACUUGUCAGUGAAUGGAACCGAUGAAGCAAGACGCUGUUCAUCUAAGUUACUUCAUCUUCUUAGGGAUCUGCGGCAAAGCGACCAGUUGAGUAACACAUGUUCGCAAGAAGGGGCUGUUGCUAAUGUGGUGGAGGAUCCUCCUGAGAGCACAAUCCGCAAGCAGCCAACAUCGAAGUCAUCUCGUUUUUUCCAAAGAAAAAUGAACAUUUUCUCAAAACCUCGGUCCCUCACGCUGUUCUGAAAACUGCAGAGGUAGACUGAGUUGGUAGUCCUUGACUCCUUGUACAUGUUACAACACUAACCUUUUUUUUAUUUGUAUAGAUAGAUGGUAGCAGUUAUAUUCCCCAAAUGAAAUGCUUGGUGAGAUGAUCUUUUUCAUCCUCGAGCCUUUCAGUAGAUUUUGAUUAGCAGUUACAGAUCCUGCAGAUUGCAGCUGUAAUGCAUCUUGCCGUGUGUAAAAUGUAAAAACAGCAGAUAUAGUUCAUAUUUAAGUGUCAAAAAGCUUUUGCCGUUCU